UCAGUUACUUCAAAACAAACCUAAUAAACGGUUUAACUAAAAACUUAAUUAAAAAACUUUUAAAAUCUUAAAAAAAAACAUAAUUUAAAUAUGAAAUUCUUUAUGGUAUUUGCUGUUACUUUCUGCUUGGCUUUGUGCUUUGCUAGCCAAUCCAUGGCCUUGCCUGCUGAGGAUGAGGCUCAUUUUGUUGAUGGUUUGGAGGCUUUAAAAACAAUUGAACCGGAAUUGCAUGGCCGCUAUAAGAGAGCUACUUGCGAUUUAUUAAGUGGUACUGGCAUCAAACACUCAGCUUGUGCUGCCCACUGCUUGUUGAGAGGAAAUCGUGGCGGUUAUUGUAAUGGUAGAGCUAUUUGCGUGUGCCGUAAUUAAUUCGAAUUAAAAAAUACUAUAAUUUUAAAAUAAA